UCCAAUGUUCCUCACUCUUUAUAUUCAACAUCAACCUUUCCAAAAAAAAAAGCACAAAUAUAAACACAUGGCCGAUGAAGAGUGUGAUUACUUAUUUAAAACAGUUUUGAUUGGAGACUCUGCAGUUGGGAAAUCAAAUCUUCUAUCAAGGUUUGCUAAAGAUGAAUUCCAUUUGGAUACAAAGCCAACAAUAGGGGUUGAAUUUGCCUAUCGGAAUACCAAGCUUGGUGAUAAGAUCAUUAAAGCUCAAAUAUGGGACACUGCUGGACAAGAAAGGUUCAGAGCGAUAACAAAUUCAUAUUAUCGUGGAGCACUAGGUGCGAUGCUUGUCUAUGACAUCACAAGAAAUGAAACCUUUGAGAAUGUAAGGAAAUGGUUACAGGAACUUAGAGAAUUUGGAGAUCCUGAUAUGGUUAUUGUUCUGGUUGGCAACAAGUCUGAUUUGGUUGAUUUGAGGGAAGUGGAGGUUGAAGAUGGGCAAAAGCUUGCUGAAGUAGAGAAGUUAUGUUUCUUGGAGACAUCUGCAAAGGAGAAUCUGAAUGUAGAAGAUGCAUUUCUCCAAAUGAUCACUAAGAUAUAUAAAAUUGCAAGUCAAAAGAGUCUUGAAGCCAAGAACAUUGCGUCAAAGCCAAAUCUUGAUGGAUGGAAAGAAAUUCAGGUUGUUGAUGAAGUGGCCAUUAAACAAAAUGUUUGUUGUACGUUAGUCUGAUAGUGAUUCAUUUGUGGUUAUGGCAAGUUUUUUAUGACGAAUGGAAUUACAUAGAAAUGAAAUUGACAAAGUAAUGUG